AUGUCACUCUUGGGGUUAAUGUCUAGGGUCUCUGCGGCGCAAUCCGUACCCUUGACGGGCCGUGAAGCUGCAUCGGGUCUUUUGGGAUCUGUUUCAUUGACAUGCUGGAUAUUCUUGUUGGUCCCCCAACUGAUCGAAAACUACCACAACGGAAACGCAGAAGCCAUCUCCCUCCUCUUCAUCUUCAUCUGGUUCGUUGGCGACAUAACCAAUCUCAUUGGUGGCCUCUGGGCCGGUCUCGUCCCCGUUAUCAUCACCAUCGCAUUCUACUUCUGCAUCGCAGACGGCGUCCUCAUUGGCCAAUGCCUCUACUACAAGAACCGCAACUCGCGCCGCGAAUCCCUCGAACGCAGACGCCGCUCGUCAACCGAAACACCCGAUCCGACGACCCCGUUGCUGGGUAGACACUUUAGCGAUAACCUGGAAGCUGGUCCGGCGGCUGCGCAGCGGGAUGCUCUUUUGAAUGGUCGUCGUGGUAGCGAGAUGGAGGACCCAUUGACCAAGAUGUUGGAUGAGGGUGAGGAUGGUGGACGGAGUGCGUGGGUGAAGAAUACUAGCAGUGUUCUGGCUAUUGCGUUGAUUGGCUGCGUUGGAUGGGUUGUCGCAUGGCAGUCGGGCAUGUGGAAGCCUGCGCCGCAGGGUGAGAAUGGGGGUGUUGAUAUGGCUGUGGGGGCGCAGGUAUUGGGGUAUAUCAGCGCCGUGUGUUAUCUGGGUGCGCGAUUGCCUCAGAUCUGGAAGAACCACUGCGAAAAAUCGUGCGAGGGUCUUUCCCUGCUAUUCUUCGUUCUCUCCGUCUUGGGCAACCUGACCUAUGGCGCUGGGAUCCUCUGCCAUUCCACCGAGAAGAACUACAUUCUUACGAAUCUCCCGUGGCUGAUCGGAUCGUUGGGCACAAUGGCCGAGGACGUGAUGAUUUUCGUGCAGUUUCAUCUGUACGCCGUCCGGGAUCCACCCAGUGUCGCCGUCGCUUGA